CCUCCCUCCCUCCCUCCAGAGUCGGAUAAGCUAUCCAACAGUAAUCGAAGCACACGUGCUUCCACUUCCAACGUUAUAUAAGUACCCACCCCCAAUAGCACAUGGAAAACAAUUAUAUAGCAAAUAAUAUAUAACUGGGGAGAAAGAGAGGGAGGGGUCUCUCGGUUCCACCGAUCGACCGAGAUCGAGAUGGAGGGGGAGUCGCCGUCGCCGCCGCCAGCGAGGAAGGACGGCAAGGAGCGGCCUUACCGGGGGGUCCGCAUGCGGAAGUGGGGCAAGUGGGUCGCCGAGAUCCGCGAGCCCAACAAGCGCUCCCGGAUCUGGCUCGGCUCCUACUCCUCCCCCAUCGCCGCCGCCAAGGCCUACGACACCGCCGUCUUCUACCUGCGCGGCCGCUCCGCCAGGCUCAACUUCCCCGACGACAUCUCCGUCGACGUGCCGCCGCAGCCGCCGCCGCCUCCCCGGCGGCCGGAGCCCACUCUCUCGGCGUGGAACGUCGCCGCCGGCCGGCCUAUAAGAGACCGGACCUCAAUCAGAAGCCCAGCCCCGAGAGCUCCGACGACGACUGCGAACUCUUUGGCUAGUCGGUUGGGUUCCGAACCUCCUCAAAUCCCAGGCUCUCCGAUGGGUGAUGAGUUUAUAUAAAUAUAGCGUUUUAUUUCUUUUUCUUUGUUUAGAACGUUAGAUUAGACUUUUGUUUUAUCUUUAGGUUUUUCUAGAUGGGGGUGUGGAGACCUAAGGGUUGGAUAGAGGAGAAGGGAAGCAGAAGGGAAACGGCGAACCAUGGAUUGGGGAUCGGUUGUUGGGGUGUUGAUGAUGGGAUGGCGAGAUGAGGGGAAUUCUAUGUGUAUGUGUAAAUUAAAGAGGAUAUCGACAAGAACAAAUCAAAGAAGGUAAUGAUCAUAGUCUUCUUCUUGCUAUCUGGUACCUUUAAGCUGAAGGGAUGAUCAAAAAAAUUUUGUAUAUUUUGAUCAUUCUAAUUGUUUUUUUUUUUUUUGGGUAACUUCCGUUCUUUAUCUUUUUGUAUGAUGGUGUCUGCAAGGAGAUAAGCAUAACCUCAAGAUCUCAUUGAAUUUAAUAACGGAAAGAAUUCCUCAAAAUUAGU